CUUUCUUCUUCUCUCUUUCUCUGUGUUUGUUUCAUCACUGUGAAUGGGUCCAAUUUCCACAGAUGAACUUCACCUAUUUCACAGAACUCACCGUGAGGUUUUCUGUUUUCUGAUCUUCAAACUGCGACGUGACUUGACACAAUCCCUUCUGGUCAUGGCAUUGUGGAUUUGGCUUGAACACAAUGGAUACCCCAAUAUCAGUCACAAAGUGAUGGCUUUAUCUCAUGCUUCUGCAAUCGAUGAUCUCGUUGAUGAAGCUGCAUCGUGUUUAAAAUGCUUAGAGAGAGAAAACUGUGCCACCCCAAACAAUGGUGGUUUGCCCUCAACACAAAACUUAACACAAAAGCGCAUAUCUCUUAAAAUAUUUAAGGAAAAAAGGUACACCAUAAUCGCUGGUAUAAAAAGUGUACUAAAAAAUAUCUGUGCUCGAAUUUUUGCUGAUGUUUUGCAGAUAAUCAUAAGAAGCAAGAACACAAGCAGAGCUCGGACAUCACGAGGUAACAACACAUCAGACAGUCCUGUCACCAUCCCAGGUUUUCCACACCCUUUGUUUGGUUCCUUCAACAUUAAUCCACCAGACAGUUAUACGAACAUGGACUUGUUUGAUUUGAGAAUUUGGUUGAAGGGACCCUGUGAUGAUGUCACCGCUGAUGAUAAAUCCAUGUUUCUGACAUUUUCUAGAGGCUUCCCUGUGUCAGAAGGUGAGGUGAUCAAACUGUUUAAACGUUCGUUUGGAGACUGUGUGGAGAAUUUGUCUAUGGGAAACACUGGUGUGCAAGAUCAAUCUUUGUUUGCAAUAAUGAUUUUGAAGAGUGUAAGAACAGUUGAUCAAAUUUUGAAAGGGAAACAUGUCGCGAAGCUUCAAAUAAACAGAAAACAUAUAUGGGCUCGCAAGUAUGAGCGUCGUGAUUAAACCUAUAUAUAUAUCAUCUACUAAACCCUACUUGAUAAAUUUAGAAGACAAAGAGUAUAACCAAGUAGACAUCAUGCGUUUUCUUGUUUUUGUUUUGGAAAAUAA